UAACAUAUGCACGAUUUAAACACCACCGACGAAGAAAAGGACGUGACGUACCUGGUCGACGUAAAAUGGCGACGUCUUAAGUCAACAUCUGAAAACAACAGAAGAGUAAAACACCAGGAAACAUCAAGUACACUGUUAAGUUAUCGGAAAAUAUAAAGGUUCCAUUAUGACUGAAGAGACCAGCGUGAGCAAUGAGGGGAUCGUGGGCCUGGAUGAGCCCAAGAAGAUGACCAGGGAGGACUGGAGGAAGAAGAAGGAGUUGGAGGAGCAGCGAAAACUCGGAAAUGCUCCAGCUGAGGUGGACGAGGAGGGAAAGGACAUUAACCCUCACAUCCCACAGUAUAUUUCAUCAGUCCCGUGGUAUGUUGACCCAACUAAAAGACCCACAUUAAAACAUCAGAGACCCCAGGCUGAAAAUCAGAAGCAGUUUUCAUCUAUUGGAGAGUGGUAUAAAAGAGGUGUGCAAGAGACUGAAGUUGUCACAAAGUUUCGAAAGGGAGCUUGUGAGAACUGUGGUGCCAUGACACACAAGAAAAAAGAUUGCAUGGAGCGACCUAGAAAAGUUGGUGCGAAGUACACGGGCACAGCAAUAGCUCCAGAUGAACAUGCACAGGUCCAGCUUGACAUGGACUAUGAUGGGAAGCGGGAUCGGUGGAAUGGGUAUGACCCUGAGGAACAUCAGCGCAUUGUGGAGGAGUAUGCAAAGGUUGAUCUGGCUAAAAGGACAUUAAAGGCACAGAAGCUUCAAGAUGAAUUGGCCUCAGGAAAACUUGAUCCAACUGAGCGGGAACAUGACAGUGAGGAUGAGGAUGAAGAUAAAUAUGCAGAUGACAUUGACAUGCCUGGUCAGAACUUUGACUCCAAGAGGCGCAUCACUGUCAGGAAUCUGCGUAUUCGAGAAGAUACAGCUAAAUAUCUGAGGAAUCUGGAUCUAAAUUCAGCCUACUAUGAUCCAAAGACUCGAGCUAUGAGAGAGAAUCCAUACUCUAAUACUGGAAUGAACCCUGAUGAAGUGGGAUAUGCUGGAGACAACUUUGUUCGUUAUAGUGGGGACACAAUCACUAUGGCUCAAACACAAUUGUUUGCCUGGGAGGCUUAUGAGAGGGGCUCUGAGGUGCAUCUUCAGGCUGACCCCACCAAGUUGGAGCUUCUGCAUCGGUCCUUCAAGGUCAAGAAAGAGGACUUUAAAGAGAAGCAGAGUGAGAGCAUCCUGGAGAAGUAUGGAGGUCAAGAGCACUUGGAUGCUCCACCCCGGGAGCUGCUGUUGGCCCAGACAGAGGAUUAUGUGGAGUACUCUCGCCACGGCGCUGUUCUGAAAGGACUUGAGAAAGCUGUCGCUCGCUCCAAGUAUGAAGAGGACGUGCUCAUCAACAACCACACUUGUAUUUGGGGUUCUUACUGGAAGGACGGCUUCUGGGGAUACAAGUGUUGUCACUCCAUGGUCAAACAGAGCUACUGCACUGGAGAAGCUGGAAUUGGAACAAACAACACAGACUGUGUUCCAUUUGAAGAAGUACUAACUGAGCCACAGGAAGAGGAACAGCCCAAGUCGCUUUUGGAUAUGCAUCGAGAUAAGAUGAAGGAAAAGAAGAAGAAAAAGAAGACCAAGAAGAAUAAGAAACAUGAUGCUGACAGCAGUGAUUCAGAGGAUGAAGAGAAGAAGAAGGAGAAGCUGAAAAAGGCACUAGAAGCUGAGGACAAGCGGGUGAAGCACGUAGAAGCAAUAAUGCAGCUGGAUGAGAGGAAGAGGCCGUACAAUAGCCUGCAGGAAGUAAAGGCCCCCACUGAGGAGGAGAUUGAGGCCUUCCGCAUGAAGCGCAGCCGGCCAGAUGAUCCCAUGGCUUCCUUCCUGGGACAGUGACCUUGUCUUGCCUGGACUCCUUCAAACUCUCCCAGUGACUUUAUCAGAGCAGCUGCUCAUUGGGGAAAACAUCUCAGACUUGAUUUUUAGUCUUAGACAUGUCGAAGAGCAGCCAUGCAGAAAAAUGUGUACAGUAGUUUGUAUAUUUCUGUUUAUCCAGCUGGAUUUACCACAGAACAGCACUGAUGUCUGCUUUUGUCUGUACUCAAUAUAUUUGACAGAAAAAGGAAAAUUUAUUUUCAGUCAAAAUGAAGCUGACCUUGGUCCAAGUAACAAUUUAAGAAGCAUUUUUUAUUUGGAUUUUUGCAUUUUUAUAAUAAAUGUACAGUGUUCCUGUGGUAACCAAAGGAGAGUUUCUGAUGCAUAUAUUUUGCUGUCAAGUUUGAUUUUCCCAGAAAGGUUUUAACAGUUUCAAGAUCAAUGUUUAUUUGUUGCUUCAUUGAAAAACAUGUUUAGCUUUCAAAGGUUUCUGCUGAAACACUGCAAAGUCCAUUGUGUUCUGGUGGUUUUGCAUUUCCUGGUCCCACUUCUGCAUGUUGCAUAAUGAGUAAACGCAUGCUUCAAUCAGUCUGUCAUGUUUUUUUAAUAAAAUAACUGUACUCUGUA